CUCUCUCUCUCUCGAUCUCGGUUCAUGAUCGACGACUGCUCUCUCUGAACCGGAGACGACGUCGUCACGGACCGAUCAAAUCGAAAUUGAAUCUCCGUCGAUCUGAUCACGAUGAGUAACAGCGAGCUUCUCUCCGUCGAGCCUCUCGAUCUUCAAUUCCCUUUUGAAUUGAGGAAGCAGAUCUCAUGCUCACUUUACUUGACCAACAAGACAGACAAUCAUGUAGCAUUCAAGGUUAAGACAACGAAUCCGAAAAAGUAUUGUGUUAGGCCUAACACUGGAGUUGUUCUUCCACGGUCCACUUGUGAAGUUCUUGUGACCAUGCAAGCUCAAAAGGAAGCUCCUUCCGAUAUGCAGUGUAAGGACAAGUUUUUGCUUCAAGGUGUGAUUGCUAGUGCUGGUAUCACACCCAAGGAAGUUACUCCUGAGAUGUUUAGCAAAGAGGCAGGGCAUUUGGUUGAGGAGACUAAACUGAGAGUUACUUAUGUUGCUCCACCGCAGCCACCAUCACCGGUUCAUGAAGGUUCAGAAGAGGGUUCUUCUCCACGGGCUUCGGUUUCUGAUAACGGACAUGCUUCUGAGUUUUCUUCUCAGAGAUUUGGCGCGGACAAGGUUGAACCUCAAGAAAGAACAUCUGAGGCAAGGGCUCUCAUUACAAAGCUAACGGAGGAAAAACAGUCUGCCAUUCAACUGAACAACAAACUUCAAAGAGAACUGGACCAGUUAAGGCGUGACAGCAAGAGAAGCCAAAGUGGUAUCCCUUUGAUGUACGUUCUUCUGGUCGGACUUAUCGGUCUAAUUUUGGGAUACAUUAUGAAGAGCACUUAACCACCAACCCCCACCUGAGUUCUUCGUCUCACACACCGCCAAAAAGGGAAAACAACUUUUUUUACUUUGUAUCUGACAUAUCCACCUAAAAGGUGUCUGUCUCUAGAGUAUUUGUAGUGAAAAUUUCAAGCUCAUUUGCUUUGUUUUUCAUUAAACUUUUAUUUUACUUGUAAUCCAAUAACUUGGUCCGCUAAUUCUGGAUUUUUUAUUUUAUUUAUUUUGUAUCCAGUGCAACAAUGUUUUUUAUUUUAUUUUUAAGUUCAAACAAAUCUCA